AUGGAUGUUUACAACUCCCAGAAGUACUACUCGCUUAUCAAGCGCCGGUACAUCACGCAUUCCCAGUCGCUAUCUUCCGAUGCAUGGAGGGCCGCAGCUUCAAGCUUCCAGGAUGCCGUGAAGGACUUGCCCCGAUCUCCCAAGAGUGAUGCCGAAUAUGCCCAAUGGUUCCAAUUUUUUGAGAAGCAUGGAACGCACUACGUCAAGGAAGUUGGGUAUGGUGGCACGAUGAGGAUGUCUGCAUUUGUGAGUUCCGAAGUUCGCUCAUCAAAAGUCAUACGACAAAGUAGCUGGGGUUUCUUCCUGGGUGCAAUGUUCAACAAGAAGAUCGGUGCAGAUGUCCGAUACAACGAAAGCCACACACAGCAACAGAUGGAUGAGUUUGCCUCUUACACGUCUGACGUAGUGUUCCAUGCAGUGGGCGGUGACCAGACGCAGUCCAAUUAUCAAGACUGGCUGCGCACCGUGAAGGGGAAGCCUGCGCCGGUCAGGACUCUGUUAGGCUCCGUGGAAGAUUUCAUUCCAGAGUCCAUUGAGUUCAAGCAGAUCCUGGAGAUGUAUUUCAGUCGCUGCCCAGGCACUGAUUCCCUGGGAGUGUGCAACGGGUACGGUCUUUGCGACUUUUCCAAUGGCUCUUGUGAGUGCCAAGUCCAAGGUGCUUACAAGGAGAAAGAUGGACGAUGCUAUCCUGUCUGCCGCGGGAACUGCUCCGGCAACGGGAUAUGUUCUCUGGGAAAGUGUAGUUGCUUUGUCGAUAGGGUUUACAACAUCGGGUACACUACCGUACCAGGCAAAGAGCCAUGCACCACAGCCUGUGGAUCACAUGCCUUCGAUGCGGGCAGUGGAAGGGUCUGGUGCCGUGCUGGGGCUUCGCGGACCAACUCCGAUUGCGAGGUCCUGGCUUACACGAAGCAUGAGAAGACAUCCCCAACAUGCUGGUGCCAAGAAGUUCUCAAGCACCAUCAUGGCGUCGACAUCGUGGGUGAGUCCGACCUGCCUGACGACCAGCAAGGAACAGGGCACGACACCUUCGACUGUGUCGGUGACAAGGCUUGUAAAGUUGACAUCUGGCCGUGGUCCACAUGCCCCGCAUAUCAGGUCAUCAGGUGCCACCAUGGUGCUGCCGAUUGUCCAGCUGAUGCGCCUCACGAAGACUUCCCACGCAAGGGGGUUGUACCGACCAGUAUCCUUGCAAAUGGCACGAAACCAGAGGAGGUCGUGGUCUGA